CUCAGUCGUUAGGUGGCAACUCACUCGCCUACAUCGAAAAAUCAAAUAGUUGUAAAAAAAAAAAAACCGAAUGGUUACAUUUUUUUGUGGGUCGUGAAUUAGCACCCCGUUGUGUUGCAAGUAUCCGUGAUUGUUGCGUAGUAAAAAACACACACACGAAAAUAUAGAACAGGUUUCCGUUUGCACAUCAUGGCGGAAGGUGGCUUUAAUGUACAAGUGGAAGAGUCGGAGUUUAUGAGCAUUAACACAGUGGCACCAGAGGAGCAACCGAGAUUGCAUACCGAGCGAUUGGUGUCGAGCCGAUCACUUGACAGUGAACGAAAGUUGAGCUUCCCUGAAAGAGGAUUCCGACAGCAGCAGCAGCAGCCUCCAGCUGGCAUGCGAUUAGUGAGAGCGGCUGCGGUGGUAGCCGAUCCGUUUGGCGAACACGAGGAAGACGUUGAACAGGAGGAACGGAGGCUCGAAAUGGCUGAAGAAGAAUUGGUUCAAGCUAGGAAUCCACAUCCUGUGGCUCCGGUUGCUGGAUUUGCCGAUAGGCAUCAUUUAGACGGUGUGGAUUUCCUUGAUCAUCGUGCACGAAACGAAGUGGCCCUUCUUGUUUCGGCAGUGACUAAUGGCGCUACGCCCAUGCUCAUGGCCUGUCGGAAUGGCCAUUUGGACGUAGUCGAAUACCUUGUCGAACGAUGUGGCGCCGAUAUCGAACAGGCUGGCUCAGUGACUUUUGAUGGCGAAACGAUUGAAGGAGCCCCGCCGUUGUGGGUGGCUGCGGCGGCUGGUCACGUGCACAUUGUGCGCUUCCUGGUGCGAGCAGGGGCGUCGGUGAAUUGUACCACGAAAACCAAUUCAACGCCGUUACGUGCCGCCUGUUUCGACGGUCACUUUGAAAUCGUAAAAUACCUGAUUGAUCACGGUGCCGACAUGGAGGUAGCCAACCGACACGGUCACACUUGCUUGAUGAUUGCUUGCUACAAGGGCCACCUGAAGAUAGCCCGCUAUCUAAUCGAAUUGGGUGCCGAUGUCAACCGCAAAAGCGUCAAGGGUAAUACGGCUCUGCACGAUUGCGCCGAAUCGGGCUCGUUGGAGAUCCUUCAACUUUUGCUGACCAGCGGCGCCAAGAUGGUUGUCGACUCUUACGGCAUGACGCCUUUGUUGGCGGCGGCCGUUUCGGGCCACACGCACAUUGUUGAAUACAUCGUCCACAAUUUGGAUACUGUCAGUCGCAAGGAGAAGAUCGACGCACUGGAACUUUUGGGCGCCACAUUCGUGGACCGCAAACGCGACAUGCUCGGCGCCCUCGAAUACUGGAAACAAGCCAUGCAGAUCAGAUACGAGAGCGGCGUGUGUUCGUUGCCGAAACCGCAAGGUCAGUCGCCAAUCGCCGCCUUUGAGAACACGCUAGAAGCGACGACCGUCGAACAACUCGAGGAGGCCGUCUCCGAUCCAGAUGGCAUGCGGAUGCAAGCCUUGUUGGUUCGCGAAAGGAUUUUAGGCGCAGCUCAUCCGGAGACGUCAUACUACAUCCGAUAUCGCGGGGCGGUGUAUGCGGACACGGGCAAUUUCAACCGAUGCAUUCGAUUGUGGAUGUAUGCCCUUGAGAUGCAACAGUCGAUGUUGGAACCGCUCAGCCCCAUGACCAAUAGCUCGCUUCUUUCAUUUGCUGAGCUUUUCAGUUUCAUGAUGGCCGAACGUGAUGCCGAAACGCGCAACAACAAUAACGGGCCAGCCGUGCAGAGCAACCGGCAGCCUGAUGCGCAGCAGCAGCAACAACCACAACCGCCGGCAGUGGGUCUGAUGGCGCCGCAGAGGAGUCCGCCAAACAUUCCACCCCUGUCGUUUUCAGACGUCAUGGCCGUCUUGAGUCGGGCAGUCCGUGAAAUUCGUGCUGGCGCGUUACAGCUGUCUAAAGUGGCGGCUGGCGAACGGGACCUGACGUACUACCAUCGAACCCUUGGGAUUAUUGUCCACCUCAUCUUCCUAUUGGCCAAGAUCCAGCCGCAGUUGAACAGCUCACAGGAUCACGCGCUGAGAAAGUCACUUUACGAUCUGGUCCGGCUCAAUGCCCGCAGUCGCAACGGAUACACGUUGCUCCAUCUGGCCUGUACGCGAGAUAGCACCACACUCAGCCGCUAUCCCAUCUGCAGUUUCCCUUCCACCGACGUCAUCCGACUUUUGCUGGAUGUCGGAGCCGAUCCGGAAUCCAUCGAUCACGACGGCAACACAGCAUUGCACAUCUUGGCUCAGACCCGGCCGUGUCCGUCAUCGGCUGUUAGUUUGGUUCUUCAACGCGGAUGUCAUCUCGAUCAAGUCAAUUUGAAAGGCCAAUCGUUCGCCCAACUGAUGCAGAAAGUCCAGCCGAUCCAUGAGGUUGUCAACACGCUUCAAUUUACAACGCUCAAGUGUCUGUGUGCCCGAGUCAUCCGUCAACAGCGAUUGCCUUUUAAAGGAUUGGUACCGCAGACGCUUCAAUCUUUCGUUCUCAAACAUUGAUCCCGUCUUUAACCCAGCAGCAACAGCUUACGUUGGUAACAUCUGUUAUUUUUCAUUUUCUUCCCGCAGGUGUAAGACACUAACAUUUAGGGCCUUCCCUCUUUUGUUUCAUUUUUUGGUUGGCUUCCGUUUGGGAUCUAUACCCCCCCUCCCCUCGACUAUUUCUCCCGGUUGUUAUUCAGUUUAGAUUUUUUUUCUUUACCUCGACGUUUCUAGCGCCUUACUGGCGGCUUGAAACGAUGCAACGGCAGUUGGAGUAGGUUUUUUUUUUUGUUUCUGUUGAUUUUUUUUUUGUCGAUUUGUGUACGCCCUGUCGAAUAACUCUUUCGUUAUCUCGUUUCGUGCGUGCGCCCUUGCGUGCGGAAUUUUUUUUUUCUUGCAAAGGGGGAAGGUUUAAUUUAAUGCUAUACGGUAUAUACGGGAAGAAAAAAAGAAAAAGAAUAAGAGAUUCUGAUCUUUCUGCAAGUUGAAUUAUCUUCAUAGUUGCUAAGGGGUUACGAAUACCUUUGGUUGCCUUUUUGGGAAGGAAAUGAAUAUAAUUUUUUUGCGCCGUUUGAUACUUCCAUCAUUCAUAGGUUAACGAGAGAUCAUUUAAAAUGAAACAUUUUGACGUUCUCGUUGUCAAAGGUCCCCGAUGCUUCCCUGCGUCUCGCUACCCCCCCCCCCUUUCUGCUCCGAGUCACAACAAAAGGAUUUGGGAUGUGAUUUGUACAUUUGUCUGCUUUUGCUGCAGGACCUGUACCCUGUCGUUGUACAUUAGUUUUUUUUCUAGCAAUACACUGCAUAUUACAUUGGAA